GCGAGCCGGCGGUCACGUGACGCUAAGCGCACCGCACCGUGCGCUGCGGACGGUGCUGCGGAGCCCCGGCCGGCGUGCCGUCCGCCUGCUCGCCCGCCCUCCUCCGCCCGCCUCCGCCUCCUCGCCCUCCUCCCUGCCCGCGGGGCACGGGAGCCGGUGACGGGAGCGAGGCGGAGUCUGGAGGGAAGAUACCGAGAGAUAGAGAUUUAAAUCACUUCCCCGGCUGUAGAAGGGCAGCAGCAGCAGCAGCCCCGGCGCAGAGGCACGGACGCACGCGCCGAGACAGGUCUGCCGGCUCCGCCGCUGCUGCUGCUGCUCACCAUGGGUGCCGCCGCCGCCGCCGCGCCCCCCCGCGCCAUGGGCCUGGUGUCCAGCGUGGUGAACGACACCCUCGAGUUCUACCGCUGGACCUGGAGCAUCCGAGACAAACGUGUUGAUGACUGGCCCUUGAUGCAGUCUCCGUUUCCAACACUGACUAUAAGUACUAUUUAUCUCCUCACUGUCUGGCUGGGCCCCAAAUGGAUGAAAACAAGAGAGCCCUUCCAGUUACGUUUCCUGUUGGUUGUUUACAACUUUGGAAUGGUUCUACUCAACUUCUUCAUUUUCAAAGAGCUGUUUUUGUCAUCAAGAGCUCGAGGGUACAGCUACGUGUGCCAGACUGUGGACUAUUCAGAUAACGUUUAUGAAGUUAGGAUAGCUGCUGCUUUAUGGUGGUAUUAUGUCUCUAAAGGAAUUGAAUAUUUGGAUACAGUAUUCUUCAUCCUGAGGAAGAAAUUUAACCAAAUUAGUUUCCUUCAUGUCUAUCACCAUUUCACCAUGUUCACCUUGUGGUGGAUUGGUAUUAAGUGGGUUGCAGGUGGACAAGCUUUUUUUGGAGCUCAGAUGAAUGCAUUUAUUCAUGUCAUUAUGUACAUGUAUUAUGGAUUAGCUGCCUGUGGCCCUAAAUUUCAGAAGUACCUGUGGUGGAAACGAUACUUGACCAUAUUGCAAUUGGUGCAGUUCCAUGUGACUAUUGGCCACACAGCCUUGUCUAUUUAUAUUGAUUGUCCUUUCCCUAAAUGGAUGCACUGGGGUGUAAUUUUCUAUGCUGUCACCUUCAUUUUCCUGUUUGGUAACUUCUACUAUCGGACAUAUAAGCUGCCCAAGGAACCUGUAAAGAAUGGCAAAAUAGCAAAUGGUGCUGUUGCAAAUGGAAUAAGCAAACCAGAAAAUAAUGCAGUGGUGGAAAAUGGAAAAAAGCAGAAAAAGGGAAAAGCAAAAGGAGAGUAACUCGAUCCAGGCCUUAACCAUUGUUGGCAGUGAGGAACCUCCAGUUUGGUUUAUAAGAGGAAGAAAAAACCACUAUCUGUACCAAUUAACCUUAGGUUACUGAAGAGCUAGAACAAAGGUAUUUUCAUUAUUUAUGAAGAUUAAGAACAACACUAAAGUUGAAUUUCUAUUGUAAUUAUGUAAUUAUCAUGCAUAUGGUCUCUGUGUAAACUUGUAGACUGCUGGUGUUGGUGAAUGUAAGGAAGAAUUGCAGUUGAUUCCAUGUUUAGCAGUCCAAAAGUUAAUACUACCAUCGAUACAGGCAGUUUUGCUGACAUCCACAUUUCUUUGGGGGAGGGAGGGGAAGGAAGUAGCAUUUGGAUACUUGUGUUUUCUUUCCAGAAAAUUAUUAAAUUUCAAAUUAUGACGUAUUAUCUA